AGCCCAGUCGAAAAACGCUGAGCGCACUUGAAAAAUAGAAAAUGCAAGAGCCGAAAGCGAGCAGACCGAAAUGCGAAAAUUGCUGACAAUCUCAAACGGACAGCAGUUUGGUUUUGCAUAACCAAGGAGAACGGCGUGGGGUGAAGCUCUGACCGGUUAACACCAUUAACAAAUGGACAAAUUAAAGAUAAUGUUGCAAUUGCUUCCACUGCUGCUUUUGUUGACCCCAAAACGGGUAAUCUCAGCAGCAGCACCUGAACUUAUUCCGUCAUCAGUUUCUGGAAUGUCACAGUUUACAGAGCAAAGAACGAAUCAAAAUGAAGACGAACACAGCUGGACACAUCUUUUGCCUAGCAACUACUACUCGGAGUUGAAUCAACAGUACUAUGUGAGAUUUCGCAGGCAGUCGAUGCUCAGUCUUAAGGAUCUGCGAAUGAGACAGCCGUAUCCAUUUGAAUAUGCACGUUAUCUCUGAAAUUGUAAUU